AUGAAGGUCAUACUUAAUGCCUCAGAAGUAAGUGGUAUAGUUUCAGGUGAAUGGACUAAACCAGGAUUACCUAUAAAGAAGUCGCCGGAAACAGAGACGACUGAGGAAGCCAAAGCACGUUGGCAAAAGCAUACAAACGCUUGGUUAAAAGCGGAUGGUAAAUGUCAAAAAAUAAUAGUUACCUCAGUGGACGAUGGUCCAUUACAAUAUUUGAUUAACUGUGAGUCUGCAUUUGAAAUGUGGGAAAAACUGUUGAGUAUUUACGAACAGAAGUCUGAGGCAAGUAAACACUUGCUUCAACAACAAUUUUUCAGUUAUUCAAGGGAACCGACAGAUAGAAUGUCGAUGCAUAUUUCUAAAUUGGUCAAUUUAGGAAGGAAACUGAGUGUAGCGGGUGAACAAGUUUCGGAAAACAUGGUUAUGACAAAAAUACUAAUGACAUUACCAAAGGAAUAUAAUCAUUUUUACAGUGCUUGGGAUUCAGUCCCAACGGGAAGUAAAACAAUAAAUAACUUAACUAGUCGGGUUGUUGAUCGAAGAAUCACGGACGAUCCAGAUCAAAGGUGA